AUGAAAAAGUCCAAAGGCAACACAUCUGUUGAUUGUCUUUACAUGGAAUCCAUGUUAAACAAGUAGAUCAGAUCAAAUAUACGUAUGAUACAAAACAAGAUUUUAAGUCCAAUGCUCUUGACUCCAAAACCUCAAUCAUAAAAUUAAUAGAGAAAAAUUGCAAAAGAUUUAAAGGAUGAGCAACAAAUGAUUAUCCAGUUUCAGGACAAUAAGAUUUUAAUGAGUUAGUUAUAUUAACCGGUGGUUAUCCAUUCUCAUAGAGUUCUUUAGAGCAAUAAAAAUUGCACUUUAGAGAGUCCUAAGUUUAAAAGGAAUUGCAUUCAUUUGGAUAGUGGAUAGCUUGCUUUAAAACAUUCCCAUUACUUAAAAAGAGGAGGUUAAACUGCCCAGACAAUUUAGUAACAAUAGGAAACAAAACCAUGGCACCCAUUCAUUCGAAUGAGGAGGAAAAAUUUGAUACAAAACAUACUUGAAUCAAAAUUCACCCAAGAAUCAUAGCCAAUUUUAGGAAGUACUUGUUUUUAACCUAUCGCUGAUUUAAGCGGAUGGCAAACAUAGGAAGAUCCUUAAAUUGAAAUUUAAUGA